AUGUAUUUUCGCGUUAUCACACACCAAUAUGUGGAGGACUAUAAAUCGAUGAGGCUUGACUUUCCAGAUGAAGAUGUCAUGUUCAUAAGAGAUUAUAGGAUUCCAGACCCAAUCGAAGGACCCGAAUCAGGAUCACGAUGGACGCUUGUGUUUGAUAGUGCCUCAAAUGCACUAUGUAAUGGAAUUAGAGUUAUCAUAACUUCUCCAACAGAUCAUCAUAUUCUUUUCACAACAAGGUUAUGUUUCGACUACACUAAUGACAUGGCAGAGUAUAAAGCAUGUAUCUUAGAAAUUGACGUAAGUAUUGAUUUGAGAAUUGGGAUUCUAGAAGUGUAUGGAGACUCAACAUUAGUCAUCUAUCAAAUCAAAGGAGAUUGGGAGACUCUUCAUCCUAAUUUGAUUCCAUAUCGAGACCAUAUCUUGAAGUUAAUCCCCUACUUUGAUGAUAUUACUUUCCAUCAUAUCCCUAGGGAGGAGAACCAGCUAGCUGAUGCCUUGGAUACUUUGUCAUCUAUGUUCAAAGUCAAGCGGGCUAAUGAAGCACAUGAUAUAACAAUUGAACAUCUGGAUGAGGCAGCAUAUUGCUUAGUAGUGGAGGCAGAAACCGAUGGAAAACCAUGGUUUUACGACAUCAAGCAAUAUCUUAAGAAACAUGAGUAUCCAGAGGAUGCUUCAAUCACAAACAAGAAGACCUUCAAAAAAUUAUCAGUAAAUUUCUUCCUAAGUGGUAAUGUGCUCUAUAAGAGAAAUUUUGACAUGGUUCUGCUUAGAUGUGUGGAUAGACAGAAAGAAGACAUACUCAUCAAAGAAAUCCAUGAAUGUUCUUUCGACACUCAUGCAAACGGACAUUCAAUGGAAAAGAAGAUCCUCAAAGUUGGCUACUAUUGGUUGACGAUGGACCCACUAUGCCAAGAUGUUCCACAAGUGCCGAAUUUAUGCUAA